AUGAGUUAUUCUCAUGCAGUGGUUGUUGGGGUCCCUAACACAAUCAAAUCUGACAAUAAGAAAAGCAUCGCAACGGACGCCCUUAGGAAACAAAGUGAAGGACUCAUCGAAACCUUACGUGAAGCUGGAGUUUCUGUCAGCGAAUUCUGCCCUGCAAAUGGAUCUUCCGUCUCAAAUUUAUUCGUCGGUGACGCUGCUGUGUCCUUACGGCGUAUCUUACCAAAGUGCUGUCGGACCAUUCAAGAAUGUCCCGAAUUCGUUGAUGGGAAGGCUGUGGUUCUAGAGGGAGGAGACGUCUUCUUCACUGGCAAGGAAAUUUUUGUGGGAAUCCGUAAACAUGGAACAAAUUUCGAAGGAGCCAAAGUUGUAGCAAAAGUAUUUUGUGACCACGCCGUCAUACCGAUACAUAUGUCAGAUAAGGCACAGAGUCUGAAGUAUUAUGUUUCACUUGUUGCUCCUGGCAUACUAGCAAUCGGAACAAGUAAAGAAGCUCAAAAUGUUUUGAAAGUUCUUGAAGCCGAAACUAUGUUACGAUACAGAAUAAUACCAGUUGAAGAUGACGAGGGUGUUAACUGCAUCCUAGUGAACAAUCGACUAAUCUUUCACCAGAACAAGGCAGCUGCAGUAAGUUAUCUGCCAGGUCCGCUUUUCGCCAUGUCUCCAGAGCCUUACAGAGCGGAGUCGCAGCAGGUCAUUCAUGCAAAGCAUCCGCAUUCGUAUAAUUCGGUGUAUGCUCAGAUCAUGGGGAGGGGUUAG